ACAGCCCUGGAGGAUCGGAUCUUCACUCCCACCGUCUCGGCUGUGUACAGCACGGUUACGCAGGUGGCAAGACAGCCAGGCCCUCCUGCCCCCUCCCCUUACUCUCCUCAUGAAAUAAACAAGGGGCAUCCAGCCCUUGCUGCCACACCCCCCGGACAUGCCUCUUCCCCUGGUCUCACUCAGGCUCCGUACCCCGCGGGACAGAACGCCGCACCCACCACGCUGGUGUACCCCCAGGCCCCUCAGGCGAUGAGCACGCAGCCUCAGACCCGCUCUCCGUUUUUCCAGAGGCCUCAAAUCCCCCCUCGAGCUACGAUCCAGAACAGCAGCCCCUCUCUCCGCCCAGGCGCACAAACCCCUACGGCUGUCUAUCAGGCCAAUCAGCACAUCAUGAUGGUCAACCACCUCCCGAUACCCUAUCCGAUGCCUCAGGGCCCCCAGUACUGUAUUCCACAGUAUCGGCAUAGCGGUCCUCCUUACGUGGGCCCCCCACAACAGUAUCCUGUUCAGCCCCCAGGGCCUGGCCCCUUUUAUCCAGGACCGGGGCCUGGAGAAUUCCCCAACGCCUAUGGAGCCCCUUUCUAUCCGAGUCAGCCGGUGUAUCCGUCGACGCCCAUCAUAGUGCCUACCCCCCAACAACAGCCGCUCCCACCCACCAAGCGGGAGAAGAAGACGAUCCGCAUCCGGGAUCCGAAUCAAGGGGGCAGAGACAUAACGGAAGAAAUUAUGUCUGGCGGAGGGAGCAGGAACCCCACGCCUCCUGCAGUCCGGCCCACCUCUACCCCUACGCCUCCCCAGCAGCAGCCGCAGCCGCAGCUGCCCAGCCAGGGUCCCUGA